UGUUACCAGGAAGUAGAAGACGCGACGGAGAACGCCAUGACUCUUGAAUUGAUUGAGCUACUGCGUGUUAACGGGCAGUAAAUAGGCAUUGGUACAGGGGACCUGCGUAUCGAGCAUCGAUACACUUAAUCACAAAUCAUGCCCUGUUUGCCCUAGCAAAGCAGAGCUAGCAGCGAGAGCUAGCUUAAAUAACUGUUAACUGUCUCGCUCUACGGAGGACGUUGCAGUAGCUAAUGUAGCUAACAUUAGCUAACCUACACUGGUGAACGAUAGUUAAAUUAUGUCACGAAAAUCGGUCGUAAACUCUAUUUACGCCGAAAUCCUUGAAUAACUGUUGUGGCUGUGGCUUGAAAAUGACAAACACCGUUUUGGAAGUGGGCACGGGCGUGUUCAUCAUUUCGAUCGUUUGGAUUGCAUUUGUUGUGUUUGGGAUGAUGCUGCUGAGAGCAUCUGGAUCUGCGAAGUUAGGCAUUAUCCCCAUAUUUUUACUAGCUCUCACCAUCACUUUGGUGCUCGUGUUUUUCCCGCGCAGCCCAGAAACUACCCCCCCGUUCAAAGAGACAGAGAUAGUGGACUCUUUGUUCAUCGGACGCUACGUGCUGCUGGCAGUGGUGAGUGCAGCCUUUCUGGGGCUGUUGUUCACGCUGCUCCCCUUUCAUUUCCUGGAGCCCGUGUAUGCCAAGGCCUUAAGAACACAGUAGAGCUGCCAGGGUCACAGCUGGCACGGGGAUCGCAUCGCGGUACACAACUUAAGACAAGAGGGGCACGACAAGACGCCCCCUCCACGCCUUUGCCUUAUGUGGAAACGGACUGCAGAAUGCAUCCUAAACAGAGACAGCUGUUUAUGUACAAGCAGCAGUAAAUAUCUAACAGGACCUAUCAUUAAAUGCACAAGAAGAAAAUGUUGUUGUUGUUUCUUUUCAUACUACAGUACUGAAAAAAACCUCCCUCCUCGUUUUAUGUAAUGAAAAAAAGUUACACGAAACUCAUGAUGCGGCGGGGAGAUUUUCUUUGUGUCCUUUCUGACUGUGAAAACAUUAUAAUUGGAAUUAUUUGUAACCUUCUCCAUGACAGUGUCAGUAACAUUAAACAUAGAAAACCAUAACAUUAUAUUAAAUGGCACACAAACAUUGCUGGUAUUUGCAUUUGUAUUCAAGGUUGAUAACAUGCUUUUGUGAUUAAAUAAAAGAUCUGCUCGUCAUCAUCGGCAAAAAAAGGUA